UGUCCGUGAGGCAAACUUGGCCUGUAAAUGGUGUUCUUUCUCCCAAACCGAAUCCCCCCCGGUCUUACCUCGUCAUUUCGUUCGGCGCAACUGUUUCCCUUCCUUUGCAAUCAGAGAGAUACCCUUUUGUUCAUAUGUGUUAAGUUAUCAAUAGCAUAUAUAGCCUACCUUUCACUCCCACAUUCGCUUUCGCAUACCCGGCGGGUGCCCCACUAUACAAGCUAUACUUGCGCCUUGCGACUUUCUCGAGACACAUUCGCACAAGAUUCAGACGAAUUGGCUAGGAGAACAUGGCUGAAGUAGAGGAGCCCAAGUUCAAUUCAUUGGCCGACCGUAUAGCAGCCUUGAACCAGCAGAAGAACUUCAGCAGUCAGGGCGAAGGGCCGAAGAAACGACCUCCCCCACCACCUCCCCCAGGACGGCCGAAAACAGAGACAUCGAUCCCAAAUCUUGACGGAGGUGGGAUUGCACAAUCGCCCAGAGUUCAUUCCAUCCCUUCCCGGCCCCAAAACGGAGACUCUUCACCGGCUCUGCCUCAGCGAUCGACCACCGUAGCGCCAGUCCUCGAGGCGACGGGCGCUGUUGCUAAUCGACGUGCGCCUCCUGCCCUUCCUUCGCGGACCAACACCAAUACUUCACAGCCCUCACCAUCUCUGCCGCCUCGGAGGUCUUCGACACAGACUUUGCAAGUACGGAGAGGUUCCAACUCCUCUGACGUGUCUCAGAUAUCCACCAUUUCUAAUCUCUCAUUACGUCGUGCACCUUCAUAUACCAGUAUCACUUCAACGGAGACGCAAUCGAGCCGGAAACUCCCGCCGGCUCUGGACCAAGCAAAACUUCCGCCUCUUCCUCCGACAAAACGGGAAAGGGAGGCGCAGGCAGCAACUGAGGCGGCAAAGGCUCCAAUCCGAGCCAUCAAGUCAGCUCCUAUAGUUCCUCAAGUCAAGGAUAACGCACCACGGCCAGGUCUGCCUCCACGCUUACCUUCCAGGCCAGUUAAGCCACCACCUACACCGCAAGAGCAGGUUGAUGACGCCCCUCCUAUUCUGCCUCGACGACUGCCCCCGCCACCCACGGGAGGGUAUACGCAUCCCAACUCGUUCGAGCCAAGGGGGCCACCACUGGCAAAGAGGCCCAACGGACCGCCACCUGUUCCCACCUCCUCACGUCCGUCAAUGACCCAGAUAGAUGCAAUUGCCGUUCGUGCCACUGCCAACAAUGCAGUGACCUGCCUGAUUUGCCGUGACUUUUCCCGACCUGACGCGAUCGCAGCUCAGUACCCAGCCCACUCUCUUCCUCGGAACGAUCCAGUUGGCUUUCUCGCCAACGUCUUGUGUGGCUCGUUUCCGUCGCAGACGGACAAGGCUCGGGCUAUCUUUACGUGGAUGCACCACAAUAUUGCCUACAACACUGAGGAGUUCUUCGGAAACUGUAUCAAGAGUCGCGGUGUCGAAGAGACCAUCUUUCACGGAAAAGCCGUUUGCCAAGGAUAUGCCGAGGUCUAUAUGGCGAUAGCAAAACGUGCUGGUUUGGAAUGUGUCAUGGUGACCGGGCAUGGCAAGGGAUUCGGACAUACGGCGUUGCAGAAAGGGCAACCGCCCCCCGCUAGAAACCCGACUGGGCAUGCCUGGAACGCCGUGCGGAUUGACAAUGGAGAGUGGAAAUUGCUCGAUGCAUGUUGGGGCGCGGGCGCGCUGAUGAACAACGCUUAUACUCCAGGAUUUAAUCCUUCCAUGUUCUAUCUAAGCAACGAUCUAUUCGGGCUGAAGCACUUUCCCUCGGAUCAGAGGCAUUUCUUCCGCGCAGACGGUCGCAUACCAACCUGGGAAGAGUAUAGCAUCGGGCCCACAAACGGCGAACAGGCGGAAUGGUAUGGCAUCGGCACUCGGGAAGGCCUUUCCGAAUUCACUUUCGCACCGCCUGAGAAGCACAUCUCUGUGAAUAGCAAUGAAGUAAUUCGCUUCCAAUUCGCCAAGGUCUGCGAGCAUUGGAUAGGUGAAAAGCAUGGCCAGGGCAAAAACUAUCUGCUCGUGUUAUGCAUUCACGGCCAAGACGGUAGGAAAGAUGAGAAUAUACCCUUGGAGCAUGACGGGCACUGGUGGUGGAUUGAUGUCAAGGCGAGAGAAUUAGGAGCGCCGGGCCAGACAUUGCAUCUCGGCGGUAUCAAGACAUGGGGUGACAACCAAGACGCAAGAGGCCUUACGAAGCAGGAGUACCAAUCGAGGAUCGGUAGGGUAGGCUACUCGAUGGACUUUUACGUGCGCUGGGAAUUGGUUCCGUAAGAUAUAUGUCACGAGAUCGAUAACUUGCUUACAUUCCCAAAAAUGGAGCCAUUCCUGGGAUAUCUGAUGUGAGACAUCCGCCCCAAUCCUUGGCGGUCGCAGACGGUUACGGGCAGGAGGAUGGAGGUAUUUAGUAUAAAGUCGCCUGGUCUUCUGUUGUCAUGCUUAUCUUGUGUACGCUUUCGCGACUUUCUCGAUUCUCUACCGCGGA